CACCCAGGGGGGGUUUAUACCCGCACACAGCCUGCGAUCUCCUCAAUCCAGGCAGCUCAAUGAAGGUGGACAGUCAAGUAACGAUGGAGCGUCUCACAAUUUUUGUGGCCGUUGUGUCUUUGGCCUCAGGAUUCAAUGACUGCCGGCUGGACUAUGAUGGCAUAUGUGUCCGGUACACGGAGACCUGCCCGGAGGGAUACAUUCACUCCUACACCCCUCGCUGUGGGUUCAUGACGUACUGCUGCUACCCACGACACCACUCCAGCGGGGGUCAUCACGAACCUGCCACGCCCUCCCCCAUCAACCAGCGGCCGCCUGGCACUUCGGUAACUAAACCCCAUCAGACAGAUUGUGAAACCAUUUAUAAGGGGUACUGUGUCAACUACACAGAGCCGUGUCGAAGUGGUGACGCGCUUUCAUUCAGCCACUGCGGUUUUCUUAAACUCUGCUGCCAUCCUGAUUUAUAUCAUCCGGGCACUGGAGGAUCGAAUCUAGGACCCGGAUCAGGCAGCCAUGUAACCGGACCAAACCAUCAUACUACAAACAGCCAACCUAUUCUCCCAGCACUACCAACCAACUCAUCUGGCGCCGGUGUAGAUUCACGCACCUGUGGCGUCACCUUGGUGGGUCACAAUCACAGGAUUGUGGGAGGGGGUCCUGCUGAACCCCACGAGUACCCCUGGCAGGUGUCGCUACGGUACAACGGUCAGCAUCUGUGUGGAGGGACCCUCAUCCAGGACCAGUGGGUACUGACUGCGGCCCAUUGCUUCCAGCAAACCUACGGCAACUACUGGACAGUCGGCAUCGGCCUUCACGACAUCUACAACGUCCAGGUCAGCCAAGUGAUCGACGCAGCCCGUGUGUUCACACACUCUGGGUACAGCUCCAGCACCAACUCCAACGACGUCGCCAUGAUCAAGCUGGCCAAGAGGGUGGACACCCAACACAAAGACACCAGGGCGGCUUGUUUACCUGACAGAGACGAGGCCUUUGAUGGGUUGGUUUGUACAGUCACAGGAUGGGGAGCGGCAUAUUCGGAGGGUCACAUCCAGCGUUUCCUGCAGGAGGUGGACGUGCCCAUCAUGAACAACAAGCUCUGCUCCUACUACAUGGGAAGCCACAUCCACACCUCCAACAUUUGUGCCGGAUACUCGCAGGGCGGCAAAGACGCGUGUCAGGGAGAUUCUGGCGGCCCCCUAGUGUGCAGGAGGGGUGGAGUGUGGAAGAUAGCGGGCGUCGUGUCCUGGGGUAUCGGGUGUGGCCAGAAGAACGCCCCCGGAGUAUACACCCGUGUCUCCUCCUUCCUUGACUGGAUCGAAGAUAUCAUAAAGAAAUAUGAUUUGUCAGGUAUUCCAUACACUCGCUUAUCUUGUCUUAUCUUGCCAAAUGUUCAGUUUGCCGAGUUCAUUAUGUCGACUUUAAAAAUCUUCCUCAGUGCUUGCCUGGUCCACAUGUCCCUUGGCCAAACUACAGAAUGUGAGUCUCAAUAUGGCGGCCACUGCCGUGGUCUGUUCGGGUCGUCGUGUAACCCAGGGGAACUCCAGACUCUUAGUCACUGCGGCUUCCUCAACUUCUGUUGUUACCCGGACCCCAGCACUGCGCAUGUCACACAGGCGCCCGGACAUGUCUCGCACGGGAAUGGGCAGUGUGGUGGGUCCAACCCAGCUAGGAUUGUCGGCGGCACCCUGGCCGUAGCGGGAGAGUUUCCCUGGCAGGUAUCGAUGCGUUACCAUGGAGACCACUUGUGUGGGGGUACCCUGAUAGACAACCAGUGGGUCGUCACGGCAGCACAUUGCUUUGAAGACACCUUCAGGAGCGGCUGGACGAUGGUUGUAGGAGCUGUUGACAGUAACCACGUCCAGAGCAGCCACAUAUAUAAAGUCUCCCACAUCUUGUCCCACGCCGACUACGACUCCAAGACGAACGCUCACGACAUUGCGAUGGCGAAACUUUCUAAGCCUGUGGAUCUCUCUGCUCGAUUUGUAGGAUCUGCUUGUUUGCCGUCGAAGGGGGAGAACUUUGACAACGUUGUAUGUACCGUGACUGGAUGGGGGUCAACAGAGUUCGAUGGACAAGGUACUCGAAUGCUGGAGAAGGUAAACGUCCCGGUCAUCACCAACAGUAUGUGUAGCUACUACCUCGGCAACGUCAUCUUCGACCACAACAUCUGCGCUGGGCUGACAGCAGGAGGGAAGGAUGCUUGUCAGGGAGAUUCCGGCGGCCCCCUGGUGUGUAAAACUGGUAGUGUGUGGAAACUGGCGGGUAUUGUUUCCUGGGGUUACGGAUGUGGGGACAAAGCGACACCCGGUGUCUACACGCGCGUGUCCUCAUUCAUGAGCUGGAUUGAAGGUGUCAAGGCUAAAUACCUCCUCUACUUGCCCGGUGCUAGGUGCCGCCUCAGCAGUCCUGUUGGUCGUCUUGCUAUAAUGUUGUCUUCCCUAGCCCUCCUGGUACUCGCCUGUCUCAUACGGGGCAGUCUCCAACAAACAGAAUGUGAGUCUCAAUAUGGCGGCCACUGCCGUAGUCUUUUCGGGUCGUCGUGUAACCCCGGGGAACUCCAGACACUCAGUCACUGCGGCUUCCUCAACUUCUGUUGUUACCCGGACCCCAGCACUGCGCAUGCCACACAGGCGCCCGGACAUGUCUCGCACGGGAAUGGUCAUUGUGGCGUUCCCGAGGUGAGCCGGAUAGUUGGGGGAUCGACAGCUGUAGCAGGGGAGUUCCCAUGGCAGGUCUCCCUGCAGUACAACCAGGGACACAUGUGUGGAGGUACCCUGAUUGACGACCAAUGGAUUGCCACUGCAGCUCACUGCUUCGAAGACACUAAUUUGGGUAACUGGGACGUCGUGAUGGGAGGCAUUGACAACUACCACGUUUACCAGAAACAGGUGCACAAAAUCGCCCACAUCAUCAGGCACGCCAGCUUCAACAGCAAAACCAACGCUCACGACAUCGCCUUGGUGAAACUCUCACAGCCAAUCGCCGAGGGAAGGAUGCUCAAGCCAGCAUGCCUGCCUGCUUCAGGGGAGAACUUCGACAACGUGGUGUGCACUGUCACCGGAUGGGGAGCCACUCAUUUCAAUGGACAAGGCACGCGUUAUCUCGAGAAGGUAAACGUUCCCGUCAUCACAAACAGCAUGUGUAAAUACUACCUCGGCAACGUCGUCUUCGACCACAACGUCUGCGCUGGUCUGACAUCAGGAGGAAAGGAUGCUUGUCAGGGAGACUCCGGCGGCCCCCUGGUGUGUAAAACUGGUAGUGUGUGGAAACUGGCGGGUAUUGUUUCCUGGGGUUACGGAUGUGGUGACAAAGCAACACCCGGUGUCUACACGCGUGUGUCUUCAUUUCUAAGCUGGAUUGAAGGUGUCAAGUCUAAAUACUAGUUUCACUCAAUAAAAUAAAUCACGCAUAAUA